AAAACAGAUAGGAGGGUCAAUAGAUGAAGUCAAGGGAAAAGCCUGACAAAGUCGAGGUGGAGAACUCUGUGAAGAAAAGUGAUAUUGAUGAGCCUAAUGUUCCCACUGGAUCACACAUUGGACUGGAGGCAGAUGAAACUAUUUCCAAAGAGCUACCUGGGGAAGCUUCUGUGGUGGAUUCAGUUUCUACUGUGCAGGAUGAGGAACCUGAAAGCAUUGCACAUGAGGAAGCUUCUGUGGUGGAUUCAGUUUCUACUGUGCAGGAUGAGGAACCUGAAAGCAUUUCACAUGAGGAAGAUUCUGUGGUGGAUUCAGUUCCUACUGUACUGGAUGAGGAACCAGAAGGCAUUUCGCCUGAGAGUGCUACUGCAGUCCUUGAAGCUUUGCCAGAAACCGAAAGCUCUGGAACCUCAAUUGAACCCUCUGGAGGUCCACUUUUAGAUGAGAUUUCUAUACCAGAAAAUGAAGUGAAAAUUGAGCUGGAGCCUGCAAUUACUUCAGAGGCCACUGUAACAGAUGGUGCAAACAAUAUUACUGCAGGUGAAACCAUCAAGGCUCAUACUGUUAGUUCAACAGACACAAUUUCAAGGGAGAGUGAGUCUUCUGCAAAUAUAGUUCAAGGUGAUAAAAUUCCAAAGAGUGCUGAAGAAAUUUUGACUUCAGAAAGUUCAGGGGUAGAUGAAGUCCUGAAAGAUGAUGGAGCUGCUGAAGUUGACAACCAAGCUGUUGCUACUUCUCAGGAUGAGACUGGCUCCUCUGCAGAUACUACUGCAAGUGAGGUUCCUCUUGUAGGGGAUGCCAUUCCUGAGGAAGUAAAUGGGAGUACAGUAAACGAGGGAGUGGACACUGAAGCACCGCCACUGGUUGAGAAUGAAAUUACCUCUUCAGACUCAACAGAUGAAAAGGCUGAGUCUGCUAAAGCAUCAAAUGACCAAAGUGGCACUGCUGCUCAAGGAAGCAUGAGGAAUGCGACUGUAUCUCCUGCUCUUGUCAAGCAAUUACGUGAAGAAACAGGAGCUGGCAUGAUGGACUGCAAGAAGGCUCUCGCAGAAAGUGGUGGGGACAUCAUUAAAGCCCAGGAGUUACUCAGGAUGAAAGGGUUGGCAAGUGCUGAUAAAAAGGCAAGUAGAGCAACUGCAGAAGGAAGGAUAGGAUCAUACAUCCACGACAACAGGAUAGGAAUCCUGAUUGAGGUCAACUGUGAAACUGACUUUGUUUCUCGUGGUGAGAUUUUUAGGCAGUUGGUUGAUGACCUCGCCAUGCAAGUUGCUGCUUGUCCUCAAGUACAGUACUUGGUCACUGAAGAUGUCCCAGAGGAGAUUGUGAACAAGGAAAGGGAAAUAGAAAUGCAAAAAGAAGAUCUCUCGACAAAACCAGAACAGAUCCGAUCAAAAAUUGUUGAUGGGCGGAUUAGAAAAAGGCUUGAAGAACUAGCACUGCUCGAGCAACCAUACAUUAAGGAUGAUAAGGUGGUGGUUAAGGAUUGGGUGAAGCAGACAAUUGCAACAAUUGGAGAAAAUAUAAAAGUGAGGAGGUUUGUCCGGUACAACCUUGGCGAAGGCUUGGAAAAGAAAAGCCAGGACUUUGCUGCUGAGGUGGCUGCUCAAACUGCCGCAAGAUCUUCUGCACCUGCAGUGCCAAAGGACCAGCCAGUCGAGAACCAGGAAACUGCUGCAAAGCCACCGACAGUGGCAGUUUCAGCUGCCCUGGUCAAGCAACUAAGAGAGGAAACAGGUGCUGGCAUGAUGGACUGCAAGAAAGCUCUCACAGAAACAGGUGGAGACCUUGAGAAGGCCCAAGAGUACCUACGAAAGAAAGGCCUAUCUUCUGCUGAUAAAAAAUCUUCCCGCUUGGCUGCAGAGGGCCGCAUUGCUUCCUACAUCCACGAUUCCCGCAUUGGCACUCUCAUUGAGGUCAAUUGUGAAACCGACUUUGUGGGUCGAAAUGAGAAAUUCAAGGAGCUAGUUGAGGACCUCGCCAUGCAGGUUGUGGCAUGCCCACAAGUGAAUUUUGUUUCGAUAGAGGAGAUCCCCGAUAGUAUCGUGAACAAGGAAAAAGAGAUUGAAAUGCAGAGAGAGGACCUUCAGUCGAAGCCCGAGCACAUAAGGGAGAAGAUAGUUGAAGGGAGGAUAUCGAAGAGACUAGGAGAGCUCGCACUCUUAGAGCAGCCCUUCAUCAAAGAUGACAGUGUCUUGGUGAAGGAUCUAGUGAAGCAGACUGUUGCUGCACUUGGAGAGAAUAUCAAAGUUCGGAGGUUUGUUCGGUUCACUCUCGGGGAGAAUAAAGAUUGAAAAUUUUGGCAAAAAUUAUAAUCUGACAGUUUUUGAAGGUCUUUCACCUGGAAGAGAUCAGUGUUUGAAGUUUUUGAAGUUUUCUUUCUUUCUGCAGUUCAUGAGGAGGUCCUAUUGUUAAUUUCUGUUGUAUCUGAGUGUUGUUUGUUUCUUACCAUUCAGAUAAAAUAUAAAAUAACUUCUCUCAAAUUUGUGGUUUAUGAUGAUUAUAUUGGAGGAAAACUUGGUCUUGUUUCGUUUC